AAGGAGAGUACAAGCGGAAGAGAUUGACUGGUAAAUCCACUAAGUACAACUCUGGGACUGCAGUUGUUAACAAACUCGACUCAUAAGCUCAUCUUUACAGAAACCAGUUUUCCGAGCGUAGGAAUAUGAAACCUUCUCAUUCCCCUAGUUUCUGUCAACUAACAUGGUUCUGUGCUUUGUUGCUGUUGUUCCUCUUCAGCUUCUUCUGUACAACCAUGGCUUCUGCUUCAGAAAUUUCUUACAGCGAUCAUUGUGCUUCCAUUGUCCCUGAAUCCAGUCCAACUGGUCGUUUUAGUACCCAGUCUCCAAUUCUCCAUUUAGCCACAAGUUACUUCAAGGGUGGGGAGCAAAUUCUUGGAAAGAAGUCAACGGAUCAGUUGUUUAAUAGUUCAGAUGUUUAUCUUUCACUUUAUAUCACUGAAAAUAUCUAUGUAACCAAGACCAGCGGGGUCUACAAGGUUCAGGCUCGCUUGAGGUUCCGAUUGCCCCAUCAGUACCUUAAUUAUUCAGGUUAUGGUCAGUGGUACCACCCCAGGGAUGUCUACCGCAGAAGAUCAUUGAGAUUCCUCUUAAAUGGAUUCUUUUCAGAGCAAUCUAGGAAGCUUUGCAUGGUAGGAAAGGCCUCUUGGCAAUCUGCAGAAGGUAAGCUUCGCAAUCUUGAAGCUGUUUUUCAAUUUAAUCAUGCAAAGAAGAACUCAACCCUCUUAACUAGUUUAGCUAAGGGGACCUUGAAGAGCUUGAGUUCAUCCAAUAGCCCCAAUUAUUUCGAGCCCAUUGAAAUAGUUUCGCUCCCUGUGCUUUCUGAUUACAAUUAUACAUUGGCCUCAAAGGGGCUUGGCGGAGGGUGCCUGGGAGGAAAUGAUAUUCCACCCAACCGGUCCCUUAGCUUGCUGCCAGGAAGCAUUUGCUCGAGGUUCCUUUGGAGAACUUAUGAUUUUGAAGUGGAGUAUGCAGCAGGGUGUAAAAGCACGAGUGAUUGUGGUCCUUUUAAGAAGAAACAUGCACACUUGUCCUUGUCCGCGUUUCAGUGUUCAGAGGAUGAAGAAAAGCUACGAUAUAUAUUGGCUUUUCACAACGAAUACUAUUGGCAUUACCAAUCUUUUGACCCCAAGACAACAUUGAUUGGGGAAGGAUCCUGGAAUAGUGAGAAAAAUCAAUUGUGCAUUGUUGCCUGCAGAAUGCUCAACUCAGACAAGUCUUUAGAAGAUGUUCGUGUGGGUGACUGCUCAGUGAGGUUGAGCAUACAAUUUCCGCUUGUCUGGAAUAUCACAGAUACUAGCAGCAUAGUUGGACUAGUUUGGACCAACAAGACGGCUACUGAUCCAGGGCACUUCAAGGUUACCAGCUCCAACAACAAUGGGGAGAGUUUGCCAGGCCUGAAAUAUGAAUAUACUCAAGUUGGCAAGGCAAGAGAAUUAUGUCCCAGAAAAGAAGUUGUUAAGGAAAAUGGGGACAACUUCCCCAAAGGCAAUUCUUAUGAUAUGAGGUUUGACAUGUCUGUUAAACACUCUAAAGAGGAGAUUGCUUGGGGUAAUGGACUCCCUAUCUUUGUCAACAGUGAACAUUAUGGAGAAAAUUUCGUAAUAACUGAGGAUUCGGGCCUUGGAGAAGUAGAGGAGAGCACCAAUAUUUAUAGUAGCCAGAUGAAUAUCAGCUAUAAAAUAACCUUCUCUUACAUCAAUUUGAAAGAACAGAUUGCUUCGUUGAACUCAUCACUCAAUCAAUGGGGUCAACUGGUAAUCUCUGCCGAAGGUGUCUAUGAUACUGAAACAGGACAUCUCUGCAUGGUAGGUUGUCGAGAGAUCCAUCCCCUUCACAGUAGUGAAAAGUCAUUUGAUUGUGAGAUGAUCAUAGAUGUUGAGUUUCCUCCCUUAAGUUCAAUGGUUGGAAGUUCCAUCAAUGGAGUCAUCCAAAGCAGGCGGGCAAAAACUGAUUCUCUUUACUUUGAGCAGUUGAAUAUAUCUUCAUCCUCUUAUUACACUGUUCAAGCACAGGAAUCCAUUUGGCGGAUGGAUUUGGAGAUCAUUAUGGUCUUGAUCUCCAACACUCUGGCAUGUUUAUUCGUGGCAUCUCAGCUAUUCUAUGUGAAGAAGCAUCCAGAAGUUCUCCCCUUUAUUUCAGUUGUCAUGCUCAGUAUCAUCACUUUGGGUCACAUGGUCCCUCUGGUGCUCAAUCUUGAGGCCCUUUUCAUUAAGAAUCACGAUCAGCAAAACGUGAUUCUUAGAGGCGAUGGAUGGCUUGAACUGAAUGAAGUGAGUGUAAGAUUGGUCAGUUUAGUAGUCUUUCUCCUGCUGUUGCGCCUCCUCCAAUUGGCAUGGACUGCAAGAACGGAGGAUGGAGACGGAAACCAUUUAUGCGCUGCGGAGAAGAAAACCGCUUUCGUGUCUUUACUUCUGUAUGCUGUAGGUGGACUAAUUGCCUUCUUGGUGGAGUUAGAGAAGAAUGGCAAUGGGAAUGGGAUGCCACGUUCUCUAUAUCCUGCUUACAACACCACCAUUCCUGAUCCAUCUCUUGUUAUGUCUGAACAAUCCUAUACAUUGAGGUACCUGAAAUCAUACGCUGGUUUGGUCCUUGAUGGAUUUCUCCUUCCUCAGAUCCUCUUCAACAUAUUCCAGAAUUCAAGGGAAAAGGCACUGUCUUAUUUGUUCUAUAUCGGAACAACAUUAGUCCGCUUGGUACCCCAUGCAUAUGAUCUCUACAGGGUGCACAAUUACAUGCGUCAAGAUUUUUAUGGAUCAUACAUUUACGCAAAUCAUAGUGCAGAUUUUUACUCCAUUGCUUGGGAUGUCAUCAUCCCUUGUGGUUGUAUAGCGUUUGCAGUGAUCAUUUGGCUGCAGCAGCGAUUUGGUGGAAGCUGUGUUCUUCCACAAAAAAUUCGUGAACUCGGCCUGUAUGAGAAGGUGCCUGUGGUUAGCGGUGAGUAGCUUUUGGGGCAAAUGUUGACUGUAGAACUUAUGUUUUGCUUGUGUGGAACUGCUGUUGCAAAAUCUUCAAGCUAAAAUAAGAAGACUGCUUGAAGUUAACUUUUUGUCUUUGUUUUUCUUUUGAGCAAUCAGCAUUUUCUGCUGGGGCUUCCUUCUCAGUUUUGAACACUUGAUGUAAUAUGGCUGUGAAUCAGUAGUGUCAAGUCAGGUUUAAUGCCGGCUUUAUGUUUUACUUUGCA